AGUAGUUAGUUAGUUGUUGUUAGUCAGUGUCAGUUGCUCGGAGGCGACGGUCGCGAUCACCAGGAAGGGGACGGGACAGGCGGCAAUGGUGGUCACCGCAGCGGCGUGUGCGACCCUCAGGUAUCUGCCUAAACUGGAGCUGAUGCUGUAGACAUUUCUUUGUGGUUUCUCUAAAAUCCUAAGGUCUACCUCUUCUGGACGGUUCAUCUUAACUGUAUCAUGCCUGCCUGAGAAACAGUCCUGGGAGUGGGCUCAGGGUCUUUUGAGCAGGAAGUCCUAGGUUUCCAGUAAGAAUAUAAGUUAAGUAAUGAGAGGCAAGAAAGAAAGGACAAUCAUCUUGGAAAGAUCACAAGCACUUUGAAAUUUUGAAGGAAUGUAAUACUAGCUGCUAAAAUCACCAGAAUGGAUGAAGUUCUUCAAAUUUAAAUGAAGAAGAAGAAGAAGAAGUUGGAAUUUUGGCAUUGUGGUUUAUCUGCAUAACCAUUCUAGUAUAAUAUCAAUUGAUCAUACUUAGAAGAGCUGCUGUAAUAACAUAGGGGAGGUGAAAACUAACAGAUGAAAGUUUUGCCAUGCACUGAAAGAAAAGCAUUGUCUGUGAAGUUCUAUUUUUAAAAAUGUCUGCUUGUAACACCUUCACUGAACACGUUUGGAAGCCUGGUGAAUGCAAGAAUUGCUUUAAACCUAAAAGCUUACACCAACUCCCUCCAGACUCUGAGAAGGCAUCCACCACCCAUGGCAAUGUGAAAACUAAUGCCAAUCACAGUAAUAACCACCGUGUCAGGAACACCGGAAAUUUCCGGCCUCCUGUGGCUAAAAAACCCACUAUAGCUGUGAAGCCCACUAUGAUGGUGGCAGAUGGGCAAAGUGUAUGUGCUGAGCUUAGCAUCCAAGAACAAUGUGAGAACAAACCUGUCAUUGUAGGGUGGAACCGAAACAGGACUGCCUUGAGUCAGAAACCACUUAACAAUAAUAAUGAAGAUGAUAUUGAAGGGUUUAGCCAUGUUCCUAAGCCUUAUAGCAACAAUGAUAGUGCAAAGAAGAUAUCAAAUAACAAUAAUGGGCUAACUGAAGUGUUAAAAGAGAUAGCAGGUUUGGACACCAACCCUCAGAUAAGAGGAAAUGAAACAAACUCCAGAGAAACAUUCUUAGGAAGAAUAAAUGAUUGCUACAAACGAUCAUUGGAAAGAAAGCUUCCUCCAAGUUGCAUGAUUGGUGGCAUCAAGGAUACUCAGGGCAAACAUGUUAGUUUGAGUGGGAGCACAGAAGUAAUCAGUAAUGAAGGGGGACGGUUCUGCUACCCAGAGUUCUCUAGUGGUGAGGAGAGUGAGGAAGAUGUACUUUUCAAUAACUUGGAAGAAGAACAUGAGAGCUGGGAUGAGAGCGAUGAAGAGCUACUGGCCAUGGAGAUUCGCAUGAGGGGUCAACCUCGCUUUGCUAACUUUAGAGCAAACACUUUGUCUCCUGUUCGAUUCUUUGUGGACAAAAAAUGGAAUACCAUCCCCCUACGAAAUAAGUCACUCCAGAGAAUCUGUGCUGUAGACUAUGAUGACAGCUAUGAUGAAAUCCUGAACGGUUAUGAAGACAAUUCUGUGGUCUCCUUUGGACAAGGAAGCAUUCAGAGCAUGGUGUCAUCUGACUCCACAUCACCAGAUUCUUCUUUAACAGAAGAAUCACAUUCUGAGACAGCCAGUAGUUUAUCCCAGAAGAUUUGUAAUGGGGGGAUGUCUCCUAAUAACCCAGGAGAGUCUAAGGACAUGAAGGAAAUUGAAGCCAAUAAUGAAAGCCUUCCUGGUAAUAAUCUGGAGAAGGAAUCAUUACAAGCUUCCAAAAGCCCAGUUAAAGUUCCAGAGACACACAAAGCAGUCCUUGCUCUCCGAUUAGAAGAGAAGGAUGGCAAGAUUGCUGUGCAAACUGAGAAGCAAGAAAGUAAAGCCUCUACAGAUAUUGCUGGACAAGCAGUAACCAUAAACCUCGUCCCUGUAGAGGAGCAAGCAAAGCCCUACCGAGUUGUAAAUCUGGAACAGCCAUUGUGCAAGCCAUAUACUGUCGUGGAUGUGUCAGCAGCCAUGGCCAGUGAGCACCUUGAGGGCCCUGUUACUAGCCCCAAGACAAAAAUCUCAUCUUCUACUCCAAACUCCCCAGUAUCUUCACCUGCAUUGACACCAGGACAGAUAAAUGCCCAUUUCCAAAAAUCCAGUGCAAUCCGAUACCAGGAAGUGUGGACUUCCAGCACCAGUCCACGACAAAAGAUCCCUAAAGUUGAAUUAAUUACUGGUGGAACUGGACCAAAUAUCCUGCCAAGGAAAAAUUGUCACAAAUCCGCACCUACUUCACCCACAGCUACAAACAUUUCCUCUAAAACCAUCCCUGUUAAGUCACCUAAUUUGUCUGAAAUAAAAUUUAAUAGUUACAACAAUGCUGGUAUGCCACCUUUUCCAAUUAUCAUUCAUGAUGAGCCAACGUAUGCUCGGAGUUCCAAAAAUGCUAUUAAAGUUCCCAUUGUUAUUAAUCCAAAUGCAUAUGACAAUCUAGCCAUAUACAAAAGUUUUUUGGGAACAAGUGGAGAACUCUCAGUGAAGGAAAAAACCACAAGUGUAAUAAGCCAUACUUAUGAAGAAAUAGAAAGUGAAAACAAAGUGUCUGAUGCCACUAGCAAACCCACUGAAUGUCCCCAAGCCAAAGGGUUUUCAAACAGCACAGAGCGUAAAAAGGGCUCCGUGGCUCAGAAGGUUCAGGAGUUUAACAACUGUCUCAACAGAGGUCAGUCUUCCCCACAGAGAAGUUAUAGUUCCAGUCACAGCUCCCCAGCAAAAAUCCAGAGAACCACUCAAGAGCCUGUGACCAAAACAGAAGGCACACAGGAGCCUCAACUUGUGGACAACAGUGGCAGCAGCAGGGAGAAAGCAAGCAUAGUGCUUUCUCAGAUUGUGGCUGCUAUCCAGCCCCCCCAGUCUCCUCCAGAAACACCUCAGUCUGGCCCUAAGGCCUGCAGUGUGGAAGAGCUUUACGCCAUUCCUCCAGAUGCUGAUGCUGUGAAGAGUCCACCUAAGGGUACACCAGUUCGACCCAAGUCACUCUUCACAUCUCAACUUAGUGGUGAGGCUGAAGCACCUUCAACCACAGAAAGUCCUACCAAUAAAGUACAGAAAGACCCAUUCUCAAAGCCAGUUGCCUCCCCUCCUUCCAAAUUAGUGAGCAACCCCCAAAGUGAGCCACCACCUCCCUUUCCCCCGCCUCGCUCUACUUCUUCCCCGUACCAUGCAAGUAACCUUUUACAGAGGCAUUUUACCAACUGGGCCAAACCAACCAGCCCUACCAGAUCAACGGAAGCUGAAUCAGUUUUGCACUCUGAAGGCAGCAGGCGGGCAGCUGAUGCAAAGCCUAAACGUUGGAUCUCAUUUAAAAGCUUCUUCCGCCGUAGGAAAACAGAUGAGGAAGAUGACAAAGAGAAAGAACGAGAGAAAGGGAAACUGGUGGGCCUGGAUGGCACAGUCAUCCACAUGCUGCCUCCUCCUCCAGUUCAGCGCCAUCACUGGUUUACAGAGGCAAAAGGAGAGUCCAGUGAGAAGCCAGCCAUUGUCUUCAUGUAUAGAUGUGACCCUGCCCAGGACCAGCUCAAUGUGGAUCAGAGUAAGGCCAGGGCUGACCAGUCAGCAAUCACCAAAAAGGGUAGAACAGAGGAUGCAUUACUGCGGGACUCAGAAAAGAAGAAGAGUAGUCAUUCUUCUSCAUCACAGAUUCCUGAGAAAGUUCACAGUCACGUGACCCAUGAAGUGACAGAAGAAUUUUCUCCACGGGAUCCAAGAACUGUUGUUGUCAAACAAGAUGUCGGGGGCGGGAUCUCAGUCACACCAGCACCGCCCACCCCUGACCUGGAAAGGGAAGAAGAAAAAGAAGAUACUUCAGAUCCUGUGGACCUGAACCCCUGUAGUGCAACAUACAGCAACUUAGGGCAAUCUAGAGCAGCCAUGAUACCUCCCAAGCAUCCUCGGCAGCCCAAGGGAGCUUUGGAUGAUGCCAUUUCCUUUGGAGGGAAAACAGACCAAGAAGCACCAAAUGCUUCCCAACCCACACCACCCCCACUGCCAAAGAAAAUGAUCAUAAGAGCUAAUACAGAGCCAAUCUCUAAAGACAUCCAGAAAUCCAUGGAAAGUAGUCUUUGUGUCAUGGCCAAUCCCACCUAUGAUAUUGACCCCAACUGGGAUGCUAGCAGUGCUGGUUCUUCCAUCAGUUAUGAACUCAAAGGACUGGACAUUGAGUCUUAUGACUCCUUGGAGAGGCCUCUGCACAAGGAGCGACCUGUCCCUUCCGCAGCAAACAGCAUUUCCAGCUUAACCACUCUCAGUAUUAAGGACAGAUUUUCCAACAGCAUGGAGUCCCUGUCCAGCCGACGUGGUCCCUCUUGCAGACAGAGUCGAGGCAUGCAGAAGCCACAGAGACAAGCACUUUAUCGAGGACUUGAAAAUCGGGAGGAAGUAGUGGGUAAAAUUCGAAGCCUUCAUACAGAUGCCUUGAAGAAACUGGCUAUUAAAUGUGAAGACCUCUUUAUGGCUGGACAGAAAGACCAGCUCCGUUUUGGGGUGGACAGCUGGUCAGACUUUAGGCUAACCAGUGACAAGCCAUGUUGUGAAGCAGGCGAUGCAGUUUAUUACACUGCCUCCUAUGCAAAAGAUCCACUUAGUAACUAUGCAGUUAAGAUCUGUAAGAGCAAAGCUAAAGAAUCUCAGCAGUAUUAUCAUAGCUUGGCUGUCCGGCAGAGUCUGGCUGUUCAUUUUAACAUCCAGCAGGACUGUGGUCAUUUCCUUGCUGAAGUCCCCAAUCGUCUGCUUCCCUGGGAGGAUCCUGAUGCCCCUGAAAAGGCAGAGGAUGAAUUGGAAGACAGCGAAGAAGAAGCGAAGGGAGAAACUAAUGGAAAAAAAACAGAGGCCUGCUCUGAAACAGAGUCAUCUCAGAAAGACAGCCAGGGAGUCACAAACAGGAAGCAGAGAAGCCAUGUUGUGGUCAUCACCAGAGAGGUUCCCCAUCUCACUGUGGCCGAUUUUGUGAGAGAUUCUCUGGCCCAUCAUGGGAAAAGCCCUGACUUGUAUGAGAGGCAAGUGUGUCUGCUGCUCUUACAGCUGUGCUCUGGCCUUGAGCACCUCAAGCCCUACCAUGUCACUCACUGCGACCUACGCCUAGAGAACCUACUGCUUGUCCACCACCAGCCUGGCGGAGCCACCCAGAGCCUUGGACCUGCAGAGCCCAGCCCCACCUCAUCUUGUCCCAUGAGGCUUAUUGUGAGCAACUUCUCUCAGGCCAAGCAGAAGAGCCAUCUGGUGGACCCUGAGAUCCUCCGGGACCAGUCCCGCCUUGCCCCCGAGAUUAUAACAGCCACCCAGUAUAAAAAGUGUGAUGAGUUCCAGACAGGCAUCCUCAUCUAUGAGAUGCUGCACCUGCCCAACCCCUUUGAUGAGAACCCAGAGCUGAAGGAGAGGGAGUACACCCACGCAGACCUGCCUCGAAUCCCUCUCCGCUCCCCCUACUCCCGGGGCCUGCAGCAGCUGGCCAGCUGCCUCCUGAAUCCCAACCCUUCUGAACGCAUCCUCAUUUCCGACGCCAAAGGCAUCCUCCAGUGUCUGCUCUGGGGCCCCCGCGAAGAUCUCUUCCAGACAUUCACUGCCUCUCCAAGCCUAGCACAGAAGAACACCCUGCUCCAAAACUGGCUGGACAUCAAGCGAACGCUGCUGAUGAUUAAGUUUGCUGAGAAGGCCCUGGAUAGGGAGGCAGGGAUCAGCCUUGAGGACUGGCUUUGUGCUCAGUAUCUGGCCUUUGCCACUACAGACUCCCUCAGUUGUAUUGUGAAAAUCCUGCAACACCGUUAAUGUGGCCUGGAUGCUGCUUUUACUACAUUUCCGUGUUCUUCAUGAUUCCCCCUGUGCUGCCCCAUUAUACAGUUCAAAGAAAACAGAGAGACAAACCUUCCAUUCCUGUCCAUAAACAGAUGGGUCUAUCAGAAGGCUAUCACAACUCCAGAUCAAGUGACAAGCGGGGUCUGUUUUCACUUUGCAAAAUUCAACUGCGCAAACAUGCAGUUUCCUUCCCUUGGAACAUCUUUCAUCCUAGUAGUCCCCCAAAUGCAGGUAAAAAAUGAAAAUGCACCUCUUUGAAGGGACAACUCCUGUGGUGUGAACUCAAUGAACUGUGGCCAGCUCCUCCAUAAUUCUGAAGAUCACCUGUCUUUCUAUAAACAAGUAUUUAUUCUUACUAGCAAUAGUCAGAUGUAACCAACCUCUGCCAUCAUCCCGUAAAUCUCACAACAGACUCCUUCUUCCUUUAGGUUAUCAAUAACUGAGCCUUUGCCAGGCAGACUUGCAUCCUUAGCAUGAGUCCAGUUUUGGUUACCAGAGACUAUAUCUUUGUUCCAGCAGACAGUAGAAAGAAAAAGAGCAAUCCCUACACUUUAGGUCACAGACCCAUUUUCAUUUCUAUUAUCAAUAAGUGUGUGCACUGCACGGAGGACAGCUCUAAUAGCCUCCCCUCUGCUGCCAGUGCCUGGUUCUCCUUCACCUCUGCUCAGUCCCCACUUGUCGAUGAAGUUGGUGUUUAUCAGCCACUUGCAGCCCAUUACAGGGCUGACCCAAGGUGGUGUCACCAGUGCCUCAGCAGGGUGGAGCACAGUUCAGAGCUUAUAAAUAGCUGGCAGGACAUGAGGAGAUGAUUUUCUUGCAUGUGCAAUUCUCUAGGGGCCACCAGGGAACAGAGUUUAAAGUACUAUUCUUUGAUUACUGUCAGAGCUGUCAGCGUUGGCAGCCAGGGCUGGCAGUGUCUGAUCAGAGUUUUCCCCCGAGCAGUAAUUGGCCAGCUUCCUUCUAUCAGUAGCCAGUGUUAACUAGUCGACCAAAUGCUAUAGACAACAGCCCUGAAUGAAACGGCUGUCAGCUUAGCUCUAAGAUCUGCUUAGAUGGCACUGUGAAACUGGCUACUUGGAUAGCCAGAGGUAGGGGACAGGGAGAAGGCCACUGAUGAGAUGCUGACCCUACCAGAGAGACCUCCUUCUGGUGUAAGUGGCACAUUGCUCCUAGGACUCUCAAAUGGCUCUGGAGGACAGCUCACAUGAAGGCUGACUGCUGAGGCUGUGGCUGAUAGCAGCUGGGCUCACUGCCCGCCGUGCUCCUCUCCCGUGGAUGUAUGUGCAAUCUUUGUAUCUAUUUUUUAGCUGUAUAUUACAUUGUCUAUGUUGCAACCUCACCUGAAGCGAGAUCUACAGAAACCUUCCCCUUCUUCCCUCAGACAUAUUUGCGCUAAGACAAGUGUUCCUUUCACCUGAGUGUGUGUGCGUGUGUGUGCUUGUUGUAUACAGAACUGUGAGUAUUUGUUUACUUCAACCUUGAAAUCCCAAGAGUCACUCGAAUGGCAUGAGUGUGUGUACAAGUGUGUGCUUCUAUGUGUGUGCACACACAUACUGGAAAUAGAAGACAGGCCAGCCUGUGCGUCAGGGUUGAUAGUAGUGUUCUCUGCACCUAGGUGGCAAGGAAGCCUGGGGCCCUUAUCCACCAGCACAGAGUUUUCUUAAAGCCGAGACUGAUUGUGCAGUAUUACUUAGAUGGCAUAUUAGUGGCCUUGGAAAUUGCUAAACUUUAAACAUUUGUAAUAGCCUUUCAAGUGAUUCACCUGUGUCAAAGAGGAUCAAGAAAGGAGAAGAAUGUAUUUUAUUGUGCUUUUUUUUUUUUUUAAGAGAAUGACAUGUGAGGCUCCACAUGAGGAUGUCCUUGUCCUCCCAGCCAGUAGUACAGGACUCCCAGGAAAGAGGCUGGUGGGCCCACAGAAGAGUCUUGCCUAGGAAUGUCUAUGGAGUGGGCAUGCCGCUGCAGGCCAGCAAUCCACUCCCUCAGUGUCCUGUAGCAUGGCUGCACCUUGCCUGGCAGGCUGGUGUUUGGUUCCUCUUAGCAUAGCCCAUGUGCACAUAACUCCUUGCCUAAUUAUGCACUGAACUGGCAGCACAGACCACUGCCCAUGUCAGCCAGCACAUUCCUGCAACCCCC